GUAAAAGAUAUGGUGGAGCCCCUGACUAGAAUAGUGGAGCCUAUCCUCCCGGAGGAACGUUUUCGCCAAAAGUUUCAAAUACGCGACAAGACCCUUCGCAAUGCUCUCGGCGAAUUUUUCGCUACUGGAAUGUUGCUGUUUAUCGGAAUUGGAAUUGUUAUGCAGUUGAUACUUUCGCACGAAAAACUUAACACAUGGAUACAAAUAAACGUCGGAUGGGGAUUUGCAAUUGCAUUCUGCGUUUAUACCAUCUGUAAACUGUCAGGGGGACACUUGAAUCCAGCCAUUUCGUUUGCCUUCUAUACAUUGGGAAAACUUCCUUUGAAAGACUGUGUGAUUUAUUGUUUUGCACAGACCGUGGGGGCAUUUGUCGGAACCGCCGGUGCCUAUGGAAUAUAUUACGAUCAAUUCCAAAAGUACACUGGAGGAGAACGAAUUAUAGCUGGACCUUCGGGAACCGGAGGAUGCUUCUGUUCCUUUCCUGAGCCGCAUGUCAGCAACACCAUCGCUUUUUUUGAUCAAGUAACAUCUUCUUCAACGCAUUCCUGUGAUUUCUAUCAUUCUUAUGAUUUCGCUCAGGUCGCUGGAACAGCUCUUCUCAUGUUCUUUGUCUGUGUUGUUAUCGACAAAAGAGCAGCUAUACCUGCUCCUGCUCAUCCGUUCCUUAUAGGAUGCGUAAUCAUGAUGAUAGGUCAGUGCGACUAA